AUGAUGUAAUCAGGCAGAGGGAGGCCGAGCCAGAGCUGGAUCGCAGCCGCACGACGCGGACGCAUCUCCGCCGCGAGGAAACGCGUCCGCGAGAGGCUUCGUGGGGUUCGGGCCGAGGAGCCAGAUCGUCGUCGGCGGAAGGAGUCAUGUUGCAGGGGUUCGAUCCGCUCCUCCUUUCUCCUCGCAGGGCAGAGGCUACUGGAUGCGGGCCAGCGGCACCACCUCCUCCAGCGCCGGCGGCCGGGGGAUGCUGCUGGUGAAAUUCCCUAUCUGUUCCUGUAGACGUAAUUAACCCCUGUGGGCCAGGAGUCCUCUCCCGCACCUGCUCCAUCAUCAUCAUCAUCAUCAGCCGAGUGGAAAUGGUCCCAUCUCCGCCUCCCGAGUCGACAUCGGGCCGCUGCUGUCGCCUUUUCGCCCACGAUGACGGCAGGAGGGCGCCCGCCUCGGGUUUCAGCGCACGCAGGCCCCUUCUCCCUCGCACGGCUCGCAGCAUCGGUUCUGAUCUGAUGUUUUAGGACGCAUUGCCCGGCGAGGUUGUUGUUUUUUUAUUUUAUUUGUGUGCCACAUCGCCUCUGCUGCCAGGAUCGAUUGUCUUUUGCCUUUUUUUUUUCCCACCCCGGAGAUGAUUGCAGUGUCCCUGCAGCAGUAGGUCCUCAGCGUGGGGGGAAUGAGCUGAAGCCUGGCCGCAGCUGUCCACCGUGUGCCCCCUGUGACUGCACAGGAGCGUGGGGGCGCAGACCCUCUCACCGCCUGGAGUUAAGGAUCGCCUGUCCUUGCAGCUCAGGUUUGAACCAUGGCCAAUGAACCUGUGAUCCUUAACGUGUAUGACAUGUACUGGAUAAACGAAUACACCUCCAAUCUGGGCAUUGGAGUCUUCCACUCAGGCAUUGAGAUUUAUGGCAGAGAAUUUGCAUACGGCGGUCAUCCCUACCCUUUCAGCGGCAUCUUUGAAAUCAACCCUGGCAACGCUGCCGAGCUAGGAGACACUUUCAAAUUCAAGGAGGCCAUUGUUUUGGGCACCACGGACUUCACUGAGGAGGACAUAGAUAAAAUCAUGGAGGAGCUCGGGAAAGAGUUCAAAGGGAACGCCUACCAUCUAAUGCACAAAAACUGCAACCACUUCUCCUCCUCACUGUCUGAGUUGCUCUGUGGAAGAGAAAUCCCUCGCUGGGUCAACAGACUGGCUUAUUUCAGCUCCUGCAUCCCCUUUCUGCAGAGCUGCCUCCCCAAAGAGUGGUUAACCCCGGCCGCUCUACAGACCCACAUCAGCCUCGGCCUCCACAAAGAGGAGCAGAACGAAUCGAGCGACGAGGACCCGUCGUCGCCGUCCGGGGCGGCCGGCGCCGGCUCGGGCUCCUCCCACAGCUGUCGUCACACCCGGGUCUGAAGGAACCCCUCACCCUCUGACCUCUGGACUCAAAUGUCACUGCUGCUGCUUGGUGACUUCAGUAGGCUUGAACAACCGUCUGACCUCAUACUGUUUGGCCUCUGAAUGCUGAGACACAGGGAAUAGGAGUCCGCUCUUUUAGCGCAGGAACUGACCGCAGAACUCUCCAGACCUGCAGCCCUCCCACGACGACAAGACUGGGAGAAAACCCGGAGACCCGAAGGGGGUGCUCUGACCUCAGCAGUACACACCUGUAAAUCCACAGUUUGUAGUACAACGUUCGUAGUCUUUUCCACAAAAUUCAAAACCUUUGUCAGCCUUGUUUCCCUGCCCUGCCUUCAAAGCUGCUUUUGUAGAGAACAAAAGAAAACUUUCUAGACAAUGACAUUACCAGGAAACUGCUAAUCUCCGUAAAUUCAGCAAAUCCUCGUUAGAUAACCUCUAUGUGGCCUUCAGAUGAUAUUGCUGAUUUCCGUUUCUUAACAUGCACCUGUUCUUUGGCCAUUUUAGAGGAUGGAGGGGUCAGUUUGGGGAGGGAGGUUAGGGACGAUAUUUCCUUAAAUGAGAGUAAACGUUGCAUGUUGAUUGAAUGUCACAAAUUAGCCAACUAAACUGAGAUACAGUGGUUUAACAAAGUGUUUGACCCCUUACUGAUGUCUUUUUAUUUGUUCAGCUUAGUUUUUUCUUUGCUUUUCGUCACGCUUAGAUUAUCAAACAAAAUGUAACGACAGAGAGAGAUAAUCUUAAAUACAAAAAGCUAUUUUUUUAAAUUAUGAUUUUACUUAUGAAAGAAUAAAAGCUAUCCAAACCAAGCUGACAAAAUGUAAAAAUAGAACAGCGCUUAUGUUAAACAGUGACUUCAACUGUGGCUAACCACAUGUUUGGUUACAUUUCACUAGUUUCACCAAGUCCUGAAUAAUGCCAGAGAUGUAAGAUCAAAAAGUCACUACAGAAGAAACUGUCUGCCAAAGGAUCUCAGAAACCAUCACAUUGCGGCCAAAUGGUGACUAAGACAUGUUUAAGGCUUUGGAGCUCCAGGGAGCCAAAUUAAGUUCCAUUAAGCACAAAUAGAGAAAACAUGACACAGUGGAGAAGUUUCACAAAAUUCACCAGCCAACCAAAAUUACUCCAAGAGUUCAUCAACAAAUCAUACAGGAGGACAAAAAUAAGCCCAGAGCAACACUUUUUCAAUGCUGUAAACCUAAUUUUCUUCUGUUAAGGUCAGAAUUUAGGAUUAAACAAUAAAAGAAAAGCAGGUAAAAAUGGCUUCCAGGAGACAGCACCAAGGCCAAAACCCCUCCUCACCAGAAACAACACAAAGAUCUGCCUUUUGUUU